CGCCUCGCAAGCCGGGUCACCAACCGCCGUGUGAACGGAGAGGGAGGAGGAGCUUCCUUCCUCCAUUCAAUGGGAGCAUCUCGAGCAGUCGAACAGCUUCACAAUGGGCAGCCAAGUGAAAGAUGUCAUCAUCAAGCCCGACGCCCCCACCGCCCUGAUGCUGGACAAACACGCGGACUACAUCGCUGCCUACGGCUCCAACAAAGACAACUACGAGUACACACUGUCUGAGUACCUGAGGAUGAGCGGUAUGUACUGGGGGCUGACGGUGAUGGACCUGAUGGGUCAGCUGCAGCGCAUGAACCGGGAGGAGAUCACUGACUUCAUCAAAGCCUGUCAGCACGAGUGCGGUGGCAUCAGCGCCAGCAUCGGACACGACCCACACCUGCUCUACACACUCAGCGCCGUCCAGAUCUUGUCGUUGUACGACAACGUGGACGCCAUCGAUGUGGAUAAAGUGGUGGAAUAUGUCCAAGGGUUGCAGCAGGAGGACGGAUCAUUUGCAGGAGACAAAUGGGGUGAAAUAGACACAAGGUUUUCCUUCUGUGCUGUUGCCACACUCUCAUUAUUGGGCAAGAUGGACAAAAUAAAUGUGGACAAAGCUGUAGAGUUCAUCCUAUCCUGUAUGAACUUCGACGGAGGUUUCGGCUGCAGACCUGGUUCAGAGUCUCACGCUGGUCAGAUCUACUGCUGCACCGGCUUCCUGUCGCUCACCGGGCAGCUGCACCAGGUGAACGCCGACCUCCUGGGCUGGUGGCUCUGCGAGAGGCAGCUGUCGUCAGGAGGCCUCAACGGACGACCGGAGAAGCUUCCAGAUGUGUGCUACUCGUGGUGGGUGCUGGCGUCGCUGAAGAUCAUCGGCAGGAUUCACUGGAUCAACAAGGCCAAGCUGCGAGCGUUUAUUCUGGCCUGCCAGGACGAGGAGACGGGGGGGUUUUCCGAUCGACCGGGCGACAUGGUGGAUCCUUUCCACACUCUGUUCGGAGUUGCCGGUCUCUCCCUGCUCGGGGAAGAGCGGGUGAAGUCCGUGAAUCCGGUGCUGUGCAUGCCCGAGGACGUCCUGCAGAGGAUCGGACUACAGCCCGACCUCCUCAGCUAGCGCUCCGACGCCGUCACCUCACCGCAAAAACAUCUCACACACACCAACACACGCACACGCUCGCCUCCCCCGCUGAACACACUGACAAACGCUGUCGCUGCGGGCUUUGGACUCAGCUCACAAACGGGUGUACCGCAGUUCUUACUCAUCUUCUCGGAGCCGUUCCGUCUUUACAAUCCACGUUGUUUUUAGAGGCAGGUUCGAUGCAAGAGGUUAGACAGAAGUGUAACAAUCUUCACUCGCUAAACAAACUUUUUUUUUGAAUCAUGUCAGUUUGAGUGGCUACGUCACUGUUGGAAAUGUUUCAGCCUCUAAUCACUUUCCUUGCUCUCGUCGCCUUUUCAGCGCCAGAGGCGGAGACACUGAUUUCUUCCUCUUUUGUUCUGCUAUGCCGUAAGACUGCAGCUAAUGCUUAUUUUAUGUCCAGUCUAGUCGAUUAAUCCUUUGGUUAACUUACCAAUUAAUAACAUAUGUAUAUGAAUCAGAUACAUGGGUCAGUAAAUGAAGAUGGAACAUAACAUAACCAAAAUUUCAUUUACGCAUAAAAAGAAAAAAACCCAAACAUUUAGAGUGAAUAUUCUCUAUUUAUUAAUGCAGAUAAAGAAAAAAAAGUUCCAUACACAAUCCAUAGAACAACAUCUGAACAUUAUCUCUGACAAAUUUCAUGCCGAUAAAGUGAAGCAGAGCAAAGUUACAGGCUCGAUGGGGACACGGUCAGCUGUUCAUUUGAGGUUUCUCACUUUUAAAACUCAUUUUAUUUCACUUCUACGUCUCUGUAAGUAUUUAUUCCGUCGAAAUACAACUGACGGGUGUUCAUCUCUCUCUACCAACACUCUUUGUAGUGCUGUGUAAUGACGUCAGAGCUGCCGGUGACAGAAAGGUGUCCUCUCAAAGUGACAGGUAGUCCUUGCACCGGCCAACGGGAGCAGAUUUAUGGAUCAAAACGAAACUUAUCGUGACAAAACAUUAAAGGUAAGACGCAGUUUACGUUUGUCACAGUCUGACGCCCCUCAACUCGCGCGAGUAUCUCGAGUGUGCGGCCUUUCUCUCCAGGGGAGAUGUGCCUUCACUUUGUGUUGUCUCGUUUCCGACCGGCGACUCACCCCGUUUACUUUUCCUCAACUACACAAGAGAAUCUUCUCCUUUGUCUUGAGACGCUGCGGCGUUUAUGAACAGACGGACUGAAACCUGCUGCGCACAUUCACUGCUGCAACCAACUCUCUCCGGACCUCGCCACGCUCACUCGCUCCAAUGCUCUCUCUCCCUCUGUCGUGCUGCCACACACGCAAACACACUGCACUCAUUGAGUUGCCAUCACUUGGGGAUGAACGUAUAUGGGUGCGAUGCGUCAACGCAUUCUGCGCAAAUUUACUUCAUCGAUGACGUCGACCCGUCGUUGCAGCGCUACUAUCAUGUGUUUGUGUCAUAUUUGUUACCGCAUUGGCUCGGAUAGAUCCUGUUUUACUCGACACACUUGUCACAUUUGACCUUGUGAGAGUAGAAGAGCGUGUGUGAGAUGCAGUAGAUCUGCCAAAUUCAUCUGGAAGGAACAAGAUGGGUUUCCUGUUUCAGAAGAAACUUGUGUGUUGGGUCAAAGGCACCACGUCUCACUGUUUGAGUACGAACUUGUUCCAAGUUUAAUAACCUCCAUGUUUGAAAAGUAAGAAGGGCUGUUUACCUUCGGAGGAGUCGCACAGUUACUCUCACAACUGGAGAGGCAACACGGGACAUACUGCAAAUAAAGAACCUUUAAAUUAAAGACAGAUUAUUAUUUUAGGAAGGAGACGCCCUGAGGUAGAACACGUUUAUUUAACGUCUUGUCCGCAGACUAAGCUUCUAUUUAUAUGAAUCCUUGUUUUUCUCAGUGCAGCGUUGUUGAGAGUUAGAUUCCUCUUCACUGCGUGUAAAAAUUAUGAAAUAUUUCCCGUCUUAAAUUCAGAUUUAACCUAAACAGAUUCUGUGAAAUGGCUUUCGGAAAAUGUUUUUUUUUUUUUUUUUUUACAUCAAAUCGUGUCGUCUUAACUGAAUGCACGUAUAUUUUUCUGUUGUUACAGACACUUGAAUAUAUCAAACAUUAAUGCUUCAGUUAGAACAUCAAUGUUAGUUAUUUGUCUUGUUUGGCAAUAAAUGUACCAUUUCCCCUCAAA